AGGUCGCCGCUUGCCCCGCCCGGGCGGUGGCGGGACGCGGACUUCGGGAAGGGCCGGGGCUGGAAGUCGCCGCCCUCCCUCCGCAUCCGGGUGGUUGCUCCCGGGCGCAGCCGGACCGCCGGAGCCGGUGCCAGGCGAAGAUGGCGUACCCCGGGCAGCCGGCACCCGGCGGCUUCUACCAGGGCGGGUAUGGAGGAGCUCCAGGAGGACCUGCAGCAUUCCCUGGACAAGCUCAGGAUCCUUUGUAUGGUUAUUUUGCUGCAGUUGGAGGGCAGGAUGGACAAAUAGAUGCUGAUGAGCUACAGAGAUGUCUCACCCAGUCAGGGAUUGCGGGAGCGUAUAAACCUUUCAACUUAGAGACUUGCAGACUUAUGAUCUCCAUGCUAGAUAGGGAUAUGUCUGGCACACUGGGAUUUAACGAGUUUAAAGAGCUCUGGGCUGUGAUCAAUGGCUGGAAGCAACACUUUGUAAGUUUUGACAGUGAUGGAAGUGGCACAGUGGAUCGUCAGGAACUGGAGAAAGCCUUGAUGACUAUGGGAUUUAGACUGAGCCCACAGGCUGUGACUGCAAUCACAAAGCGCUACAGCACUCAAGGAAAGAUUGCAUUUGAUGAUUACAUUGCCUGCUGUGUGAAACUCCGAGCUCUCACUGAAUGCUUUAGAAGAAGGGAUACAACUCAGCAGGGUUUUGUGAACUUCCACUAUGAUGAUUUCAUACAGUGUGUUAUGAGCAUCUAAAUCAAAAUGAAGCAAGACGUGGAUGAUCAUGAUUUAACAUUCCAGUAUGUGUUUUGCUUUGCCAAGUCCUCCAAUGAUUGUGUAUCUCAGUGUUGGAAGUUGCGUAUUUUAUGAAGGUAUCGCUUUACACACAUUUUAUUAGUCUUGAUAAUGAAUAUAAACUACUCAUGUACUGUUGUUUUUAACUUCCAAUUUGUGAUUAUUAAAGAUGCUUUUAUUUUCAUAAAUUUGCAAUUCUCUAUGUGUAGCUCAGAUCACACAAAUGGUAAGAUUUUCAGUCAUGUGUCUACUUUUUUCCCAUGAUUCACUAAAAUCAGUUUCUGGAGUGCAACUUACCUUUUUAUGACUUGAUUUAAGAGGAUACAUAUUUUCUCAUCUUUGACAACAUAAGACAGAUAUACAAAUUGAAAGGGCUUUUGGGAUGGUCAUUUUGCACUGGUCUGUUAGAACAUCAGUAAGUUUUGGUUACUUGCUUUACCAGCUCUUUUGAAGAUGAAGCUUGUGACAAGACGCACUGAGUGUAAGACUACCUGCUAGAACUUCUUGUAAGCAGGGAUGCAACAAAAUGUAGCAGAGAACUCUGCUAGCCUUGUGCUCUGAUACAGGGGGCUUUGUUCCUGUAAGAUUCUUGCUUUGCUUGUGUCACUACAUAAAACACUUUUAAACAUAAGAAAGCUGUGUUGUGUCAGUUUGUGCGUCAACUGUCCUUUCACAGACAGACUUCAGUUACAUGUGAAUGGAAUUUUCUAUCUCCUCUGCUUUAACCCCUAGCAAGUGGCCUUCAUGUCUUAAUAUUCCAACUAACACACAAGGGCCAAAAUCCACUUGAAACAUUCUUGCCAGGUUACUCUUUCAGAUCACAGCAGUAGUUACCAAUGAAAGCAGAUACAGACAGACAAGGCUUACUUACCUGAGGCUCUUCAGGAGAAAAAAUGGAAUUUUUGUUUGGUGGGGGUUUUCUUAUUGCUUUUAUUGUAGCAAUUUCUGAGGGGAGGAUGCACGUUGUAUGGGAAGAGGAAGCAGCAUAACUGUACCGAGGUAGUACAAAUAUUUUUCCAAUUAAGUAAGUUAAUAAAACAGUUGUUAAUUUUGGUCACUUCUGCCUACCACAGAGGACUGAUAUAUGUUGUUUUACUGCUUGUGAAUACAAUGCCAGAAGAGUGUUAAAAAAAGUGUAUUUCUUAAAUAAAUAGUUUAAGGAAAUUUUGGGGAGGAACAAAUUGGACAAACAAGAGCUUCUCACAGUAGGAAUCUCACUCAAAGAUACUGUAUUGUACCCAGUUUUGUGGAGAUGUCUGUUAAAUCCAGAUCUUUCGUUUCUGGUAAAUUCAAAGCAGGCUGGUCUCCCCUAAAAAAGCAACUUGUACUUACUGUUUAAAUUUAGAAUCCUUUGGAUAUUGCUUGUAGUUUCGUUUCUGAAGCUAGUUCUCUUUCUACCCUCAUAACGAAUUUCAAAGGCAUAGACAGCAUUAUACAUCCACAUUCUGACAGUACAUUGUCCUGUUGCACAUGAAAUUGGGAAAGAGAUACCAAAAGUAUUUCUAAUGGAAUGACCAAUAUCCCUAAAGGUUUGUCUGAGUGUAGCAGCCAACAUCAGUUCUGCUGCAGCUCAAAACUUUGACUACGGACGAGGUUAUUAAGAGUGUGAAAAAAGGCUGUUCUUCCUGUAGGGAUUUGAACAGACAAUUUUGUAUAAAUACAGUGCUCAUCCUUACACUUAAUUUUACCCUAAAAAAAGUAGGGGAUCUUUACCAAAAUGUUCAUUACCCACACAUCUUCUGCUUCGUUGUGUUUCUGGUCUUGUAGUGGCUUUGCUGGAAUAGAAUUAAUUUUCUUUAUAGCAGCCCAAAGGUUCAGAAUUGUAACUAAUCAGCAUCAGUAACAGCAGUGUUUCAGCUGUUGCUGGGUAGUGCUUGCACAGCAUCAGGGUCUUCUCAGUUUCUCAUUCUGCAACCACAGUGAGUAGGUGUAGUGUGGAUAAGAGGCUGGGAAGGAAGUCAGUAAGGACAGCUGACUCAAGAGGGCCAAAGCACUCAAGACCCAAGGACCCAAAAUUCAAGUCUUGCUCAGUUUAUUUUCCCAGGCUGAAUUGGUAUUUUGCAUCACCCAGCUACUGGGCAGUGAAAUGUUACAAGAAAACAGUGUGAGCCACUAGGGUUUUCUUCAAUGCUCCUGUAAACAUAAACCAGAGAAAACUGGGGGGAAAAUUGUUCCAAAACCAGGAGAAAAUUCUGAGUUCCUCAAGAAAAACUAGCUUUUUGUUUUACAUCAGCAUUUCAAAAAUCCAGUGUAUUCACAGAGACUGAGGAGAUAAAUCAGCUUUCAAGUUUAGGAAGAAACUAAGCUAACACAGAUACUAAGGAGUUACUACAGAGUUUGCUGUCAUAGGUAAAAAAAGCCACCUGAAACCUUUGUGAAAAUUGUUUCCCCAUUAAGAGUAGAUUUAGUGGACAGAUUGAAUAUGCAAGUUACCUGCUUUAGAGAAAUAGUUGUUCUCAGAAUUAAUGGUUUCUCUUUCCCGUGGGGAAAGCGGGAAGGAUAUUUAUGUGGCACCAAGUGGGGUGAUUGCUCUCAACCUUUGAGCCAACCACUGGGCAUAGUUUCAAAUAGGUAUUUUUCUAGGUUGUCCUCAAACAUGCAAACUAAGGAACCGUAAUUUUAGAUUUGCUUUGAGAACAGUAAGCCCCUAAGACAAAAAUUUGAGAAGCUCACUGGGUCAUUUUCAACCUUGGAAUUUGAAAAAGAAUGUCUAUAUUCUACUAUUAGCCUUUCUUUUCCCAUGCGUGCAACAUCUUUAUUUUAUAGUGACCUAUAAAACAGAAAGUGCUAAAUACAAUGACUUAGAAGAACAAAAUACACACAACAGUCUUUGUCGUUGAAAGUCACUUUACUGAUGUUACAAUAUGUUAGUAACAUUGAAAACCACAGGCAUUUGUAUUAAAUACUCUUGUAGAAGUGGAUACUGUGAUACUGUUAUUAUUAAAAGUGAGCAGGAAUUUAGAACCCCAAAUUACAAUGAUUUGAUUUUAUAAAAAGCAAUGUUUUGUUUAGCUACAUGAAAGCCAGAUUCAUUCAACAGCCCAAUGCCUGUAGUGUUUAUGACAAGAAUAUCACACUCAAAGCUAGAAAGUUGUAAAUGCAAUGCUUCAUUUUGAUGUUUGUCAAAAUCUUACGCUUUUAUUACAUGAGGUUCGAUUUUUAAAGGAUUUUAACCAGCAAAGACAAUAUGAUGCAGGUCAUUGUUUUUGCCAAUACUAGCCCAGCCACAGUGGUGAAACACUUGCCUCUCUCAAUAAUGGCUAGUAUGAGUGAAAAAAUAGCUUUUUUUUUACAGCAAUGCCCAAGUUAAACAUCAGCACAAAAUGAAGCUGGCAGAGCCAGUUGGUAUAUACCACCCCAAAAGCUUUGCUGAAAGAACCAGUCAUACAGUAAAUAGUGUUUUCUCCAGCAGAUUAAAAAUUCUGUAAUGCUUUGCUAUUCUGAAAAAAAUAUUUUGCAUUUAUGCAACAAUAAAAAUAAGUACUGUAUUCUAUAUAAAACAUUACCUAUUGUAAUAUAUUUUUCUCCUUAAGAAAAGAAAAAUCAGGUUAUAUAUUCACAGUUUGAGUAUGUUCUGGACUGUAUUUCCAAGUGUAGAGUAUGCAGAGUCUACACAGGCAGUGAGCAGGAGUUCUUGUACCGAUAAUUAAACUGAAUCAUUAAAUUUGCUGUUCUACAGAGCCUUACAAUAUUGCAUGAUUAGCUGCUUGCACCACUCUACGUACAUGGUCAGUCAGGCCUAUAUACAGAAUUUCUAACAUGGUUGUAAAAAUAGACUCUUCAUGCUAAA